AUGAACAGUAGUGAGAAAAAGACAGGGAUUGCACUCACCAUCCAAAUGGCGUUUAUUGAUAGGUGUCAGGCGUUACAAGCUGCUUUACAACUAAAAGGGGAACUCACAUGUGAUAGCAACCGUCAGCAGCUACACCCAGCCUUGCCAGGUGGAAUCUAUUGCCAGGAAACCAAGGAAAUGUCUUUGCCCAAUGCAAACCUACAGAAGUACGACUCGAAUUCUCAGCAGCUAUUAGAAGUGGGAAGAACGGAACCAAAGUUAUCACCGGACAGUCAGGUGUCUGGAAUCAUGGGGAGGAAAGGGGUGAUAUACAUCUUGGUAUUAUUUGCAGGUCUCCUGCUUUCAGAACAUGGGGCACAAGGACAGACAACAUCUGUUACUCCUACAGAACCUACUACAACUACGUGUCCAUCAUAUGCAGACGCUGCUCAGUCUCUCUGUAGCUCAGUGACUGGAAUCUCUGAUAUGAACGCUUUCUUAGCAUCAGAUGAUUUGUCCGAUGCUUGCUCCCAUUCCAUGCUACAGUAUGGCUGUGCAGAUCUUAAAAACGUCCCAGCUUCCACAUUAACUACCAUCUUGAAUUGCUUCCUCCAAAAUAAUAUGACUGUCAGCUCACAGCAGUCCUAUUCCCUGAUCAUCUCACAAAUAAGCACAGACAAGCUUGGGGUCGUCCUCAACAACAUCAAUAACAUGAUUCCUUCUUCUUCCAUAUCAGAAAUCAACAAGGAGUACGUGUUAAAUGCUGUGUGGGAAAAUCUCCGUAACGACCCAAACUUUGCGAGCGCAGGUUUCGUGGCUACAUGGUUCCAGGAAAAGCUGUACUCUUUUCUUCCUGCUAUAAACCUGGAUAUUCUGAACUGCAUGAAUAGCUUGCCCAUGUCAUGUGAUGCUUUUGAGGCUGUCGUCAGUGCCUUAGAUAUAACUUAUUCCAAGUUUGACCAAGAUAAGAAGGAACAGAUUGGAUCAUGGAUUACUCGAUUCAUCCAAGCACAUUCCUGCACGAAAGCAUCAACAGCAGAGUCCAUCAAGAUUUACUACAAAGGUUUCAUUAGCAACGUCAACGUCACCGAAUUCUCCAUGGCUUUCACCACUACAAGUCUGGGAUCGGCAAUAGAAGCGUUCACUGACUUCCAACUGGCCCAAUAUGUUAUCGAAUACAGCGUCUUCGGCAGCAUUGAAAGCGCUUCACCUGUUCUAGACCUACUGGAGACCAAAGACUAUACCUUCUUGUUCAAUUUCCUAAGUACCUUAACAGUGGGCAACUACAACCAAGAAAUCUUGUACAGACUGUUGAACGACUUAAUAAUCAAGAUCAAUGCCUCCGAUGCUGUUUGUAGACCAAACCUAAAGACAAUCUUCCAAGGAAAACUCAGCUUCCUCUUUAGGGCCAUCAAUAGUUCUAUCCUGGAAAUCAUUUAUUUCAAGGACUGCACAGAGUUCCAGGAUUUUUUUGCCGCCGUCGAUGAAGUCUAUAAUGAUUUAUCAGAAGAGCAACAACAAACAGUAUUUGACUACAGAUUAAAGUUCUUGGACGCAGAAGCACUCAAACUAGGAGGAUCCGCUUGCACAUAUGGUCUUUCAAGUUUGCAGUGGUUAGAGAUCAACUUCGGACAGUCUGUCAGUUUUCUGGCUUAUGCUGAAAUGAUUCGUCUCAACAGUAAAUUCAAUGGAUAUGAAGCCCUUUCUGUCUUCAGCUCAAACCAGACUUUAGAUCUCGUAAUACAGUCCAAUAUACUGACUUCGGAAUCUCCAGAAAACUUUGAACUGCAAGUCACAUUUCUCAUCAGCUUCUUUAAGACCAAAGGUUUUGUCUUUGUGCAAGACUUCCUAAGGGAAUUAAGGCUCAUUCUAAUCCGGAUUAACAUCAAAUUUAUUGUCAACCUUAAUGUCCGAACCCAACUCUUAAAAGGAAUUUGGGGGAUAGUGGAAACACGCUUCUCCCAGUUCACCGCCAAUGAUUAUUAUACAUGGUUCAAUGAAUACUUGUACCUUGUCUUGCCUUCAAUUACCUCCGAGCAGCUUUCGUCAAUAACCUACACCGUGGUGGAAGACUGUUCCAACCUGCAAACCAUUGUUGGAGGACUUGAUGAUGGCUUUCAGUACAUGGGAAAAGAAACAAAACAGGAUGUUGGCAAAUGGAUCGCAGGAAUCCUUAGCAACGCCACAGACAAAUGUCUGGGCGAUAACUGGUUGGAAAUUAACUUUAAACACUUUAAAGCGUUUGUCAGUAUUAAAGUCAUCAAGGAAUUGAAUCCGGACUUUAGUCUGGCUAACUCACUUACUGAGCUUACGGCAGUCCAGAUCGGAGAGGCAGUGGUUACAGAAACAACAGCACUCAGUGACGUAACCUUCAUGGAAACUGUCUUUAAUGUCAUCACAAAUACUUCAACACCUGUGGAGAAUUUGGGAAUCUUCUGGGACAGUUUUAAUUCUAAAUAUGAAGCGGUCACGCAGUUCUCUGAAGAAGUGAAAUUCAAGAUGUUGGAAUGGACAACUGAUGAGAUCUCAGUCAAAUUUUCCACAUUCAAGGCAAAAGAUUACACCCUUUGGUUUGAGACAAGACUCUACCUGGUGACAGUAGUGAUAAACAGCACCAUCCUUGCCGAAUUCCCAUUGACCGCUGACUGCGGAUCCUACAAAGCUUUCGUAAAAGCAUUGAGCAAAAACUACGACAAUACAGUUGAAUCAAGCAAGGAGGACGUUUUAGAUUUUAUGACCAACUUCUUAGAAAAGGGUACAAAAUGCACUGAGGACAGCACCGUCAGCUAUCUGGAGUCUUCUUUUGGAAACUACAUUGCUGAGGCAUCUUAUGAAGAGCUUGCAUCCCACUUCACAUCAUUUAACCCAUUUGAAUCUGGAGUUUUUGAGAAACUGACUGAUGUUCAGUUGGGAGACAUGAUUGUUGACGCCAAGGUGUAUGAAAGUCAAGAAAACGCUGUUAAAGUCUUCCAAUACCUACAGACACGUUCAGUUGAAAGUGUGGAUGCCGCUAUGACCCAGUUCACUGCAACAGCUAAAAAAAAAAAUAUAGAAAUUGACGCCCCCGUCGGACAGACUAUGCUUAAAUCUUAUUUAAACAUCGUAAAGUUCCCCCUUCUGACAUACAACCGCACCGAAAGGAAAGAUCUAUUUAAAAAAAGAGUUUCUCUCAUGAUUAGAUUCUUCAAUGAGGAUGAUUUGGAUAUGUUUGCCGUCAAUGACUGUGAUACUCUGGGGGACAUUACGGGUGAGUUGGACACCGAAUUUGCGCGUAUGUCUGAGGAGACCCGGACUGGCAUUGCCAGAUGGACUCUUGGCCGUCUGAAGAGCACAAAUUUAAGUGGAUGUAAAACCAAAACACAGACUACAUCAGAAUGGGUGGAAAGUACAUUCAAACAAUUCUUUGCAUAUACUAACAUAAAGGAGGUGCAAGAGGUGUAUUCCUCACUGGACAUAAUUUCAGUCAUGAACAACACCAGCAUCAACCAGAAGGUCGAAUAUCUCGUCAGCUCACAAGACAUUCUGCAAAAUGUUAGCACAACAACGACAGUGUUGGAAUCUCUGGCCGAAUCGGAUGGUUCUGUAUCUGUCUCCAGCAUCUACACCUUUUUGGACCAGUUUAAUGUAGCUUAUGGAGAGCUCAAUGUCAAAUCCAUGACAACUGAAGUGAGGGAGAAAUGCAUGACCUUCCUAUUUACCAACCUGAUCUCAGAUCUGAACUCAGUGACUACAGAGAAGAUUUCCCAGUUUCAGACAAAAUUCAAAUACUUCCUUUCGGGUAUUAGCAUAGCAUCCGCAGAUAAAAUCCCAGUGACCAUUUCCUGUGAUGUGUUCGAAGCAAUUUUUUCGGCAUUCAGCAGUGUGUUUGACCAGUUAUCCGAAGACGUCGCUAAAUUUCUUUAUAAUAAAAUCAUCAAAUUUCUUCAAGCAAAUUAUAAAAGCUCAUCAGAUGUCUGUAGCAGCCUGUACACCGACAGCAAAUCCUAUGUGCUGAAGAUAUUCUUUAAAUUCUUGAAAUUUGCCACAAUCUCUGAUAUACAAUUCUAUUACAGCAAAGUCAAUAUGUAUAAAAUCCUAACCGAACUGACUGGAAAACAACUGGGUAACCUGCUCAUAAACAGCACGGCGAUACGUAACCAAUUUGAAGCAAUCCAGAUUCUAGUAGAAGUUGAGACGCGCGAAUACGCUGAGGUCAAAAGUUUCAUGUCUGAGAUAACAACGGUGGCCAAAGAGCAAAACAUAGUAACAUUACCCGAUGAGAAUAUUGGGAAAGCGAUCUAUGAGACUGUCUGGAAAUCGGUAUCUACAAAUCUGAAAACUGAAGAAGACUACAAAUUUUGGCUAGAUGAUGACAACCUCAAUCUUAUUAUCACCAAAGUUCCUGCCGAAGCUAUUCAAGCGCUCCCAGAAAGUCCUGACUGCAAGUCUCAAAGCAAAGUGGUAAAAGCUUUUGGAAAAAAAUUUAAGGAACUGAAUGAAGAUCAAAAGAAAUCAAUGCAUGACCAAAUUAAAAAAUUCAACACAGGCGUGAAAAGUACUAAAGGACAAGCGUGCGAGACAACUUCUGGAAGCAGCAGUGAAUGGGUAAAGACAUUCUAUUCGGAAUUCGUAGAGCUUGCCACCCUUCGGGAAUUAAAGGAAGCAAAUUCCAACUUCAGUGCGGCUGAAUCUCUUUCGGUAAUCUCUGGAGUGCAAGUUGCAGAUUUCGCUAUUGAAACAAAAGCACUAUUGAAGGAAGAAACAACUGUUGCUAUCUUGGAAAGCAUGGAUUCAACACAAAAAAUAGAAGACUUUUUAACGCAAAUAAAUGAAGUCUCUCCGAACGAUCUGAAAUUCAGUCCAUUUGUGGAUAUAAUUGUAUCAAAAACAUUUGAGGUCAUCUCCAAAGACUUUGUCAGUUUCACACGAGAAAAAUGGACUGUAUGGACCCAGGAGAUCCUGACAAACAUCCUCUUUGCUGUCAAUGCAACUGAAGUAGAAAGUAUUCCCUUGCCACUCUCCUGUGACUCUUACCAUGAAGUAGUAACUGGCUUCAACAAAGUCUUUGACGACAUGAAGGAGGAAACAAAAAGAACUGUAUACAACAAAUGCAUGAAACGCCAGCUCAGUAACACCCCCGCUCAAAAUGGCGUACGUUGCGGAAAGCAAUCAUGGAAAUCUGCAGAAUGGACUAAUAUCAAUUUUGGAAAGUUUUCCAUAUAUGCAAAUCUUACUGAACUUUAUGAAUGGAAUGUCAACCUGCAGACUACGGACAUCAUCAGUACUUUGAGCCCUGAUCAACUGGGAGAAGUUGCUGUAACGUCUAUCGAGAAAGAAGAAGUAGCAUGUCAGGUGGCGGGCCAAGUGCAGCAGUUUACAGCUGAAGACACGUACUCCUUCCUUGACAGUUUUGUUGUAUCCUUCCAGCAGUCCGGCAAAACAAAGAUUACAAGCAACACAAUUGGCAACAAGUUCCUGUCAGCAACAAUCUCCUCCAUCAGUUCUUCAUUUUCUGGAUACAAAAAAAGUGACUGGGAAAAACUGUUCUCUGACAGACUGCAACUUUUCUUGUUCAGCAUUAAUGAAGAGCUGUUGACGACUAUCUUGGCUUCUGCUGACUGUGAUGGUUAUGCUGUAUGUGUAAAUGCUCUGAAUUCUGUUUUCGAUGAACUUACCAAUGCAGAAAGCCUUGUUGAAGUUUUAAAAUCCUUCCUUAAUAAACAAUCAUCAACCUCAGGUGCCUGCCCUGUGAGUGGAGAAGACAGCAGUGCCAGUGCUACCAGGGUUUUCGGAAAAUUCCUUAAAUUUGUGACUUAUGCAGAUUUAGUAACCUAUAUACCAACUUUCGAUGGGCUGUCAGCAAUUGAUUUACUGUCACCUAACCAGAAAGCCAACCUUGCUUUUACUGACGGCAUCCUCACUGAUGCCACAAAAGCCCAACCCCUUGUUGACAGUGUAUCAAGUAUGAUCUUUAUCGACUUAGACAGUUUCCUGUCGAAGGUAUCUGAUAUUUUACAACAGAGAAGCUUAUCCUCCUUACCAAACGCUAAAAUCCAAGGGUCUCUAUUCUCUGCUAUGUACCCAACAAUCUCACAGCAAUUUCUUCAAUUAUCUAAUGAACAAUGGGCCAAUUACUGGAAUUUUAAACUCAGCAUUUUCCUACCCAGCCUGACUGUGAGCCAAGUUCAGCAGAUACCUGACAGCAUAAACUGUAAUGCCUUCCAAUCCAUAAUAUCCGGCUGUAGCAACCGUUACAGUUUCCUCACUGAGUCUGUGCAAAAGGCCAUCUAUGAGAAAGCAAAGUCCUUCCUCACUGCUAAAGCGACUGCCAGUGGACCGGGAUGUCCUGUAAUCUCAGGAGGCAGUGGUGGAUGGCUCGAUGCCAAUUUAGGGUUAUUUAGUGAAUUUGCCACUAUUGCAGAAAUUAAAGCCUUUUAUCCAAGUUUUAGUUUUACUGAUGCCGUCCCGUACCUCACUGCUUCUCAGCUGGGUUUCUAUGUGGCCAAUCUAGAAGUUUUGUCGGACAAGGACAAGAUUCAAAAGGUUAUGGUUGGAAUAACUAGUGACACUAUUGGAGAAUUCAUGGAUUCAUUCAAUGAAGGAGCCACCGCGGCUGGCAUUACACAAAUCGCCAACGUAGUAGUGAAAAAUUUCUUCUUGGGAGAAGUUUUCUGUAAGCUCGGGUCUGUUUUCGCCUCCUUUACAGCCAGUAACUAUUCAGAAUGGUUCCAAGGAAGACUCAAAUUUUUUAACUCCGCACUGGAUGCAAAAGCUUUGGGAUUCAUACCCACUGACAUCUCAUGUGACUCCCUUGCAGCUAUCAUGGAGGCUUUAAAUACUGCCACACACCCUGAGAACCUAGAGGAUGUAUACAGCUUUAUCAAAUCAGUUCUGGAAGCCCAACAAACAUCUACAGGUGAUGCCUGCACUACUGGACUGGACUCAAAGCAAUGGCUAGGGAAAUACUAUGGGAUUUACUCUUCCCCAGCAUCAUGGUCUGAGUUUAUUACUUUUUAUCCAGGCUUAGUAGCGACGGAAGUUGCAAGCUUCUUGACCCCUACCCAGUUGGCCAGUGCCUCUACCAGUGGCAGUGUCAAUUCUUCAUCAAUCAGCACAUUGUUGUUAUCGUUCAGUGGCAGCUUAGACGAAUUCUUAACCUACCUGGGCACAUUGAGAAACAGCUUUUUACUGGAUUCAACACUUCUGUCCAACACUAAAGUGAGAGACAUCUUGCUGAUGGUCAUUGCAGAAAAUGCAUUUUCACAGUUUGGUAAUUUUGACUUACAAAAGACUCAAAACUGGCUGACUGCAACGAGUUUCCUGUUUAGUGGUCUCAAUUCCACCAUUCUGGAGCAAAUUCCAGUGGACAUCUCAUGUGAUCAAUUUCAAGCCAUUGUGAGUGCUGUUGACAAUGUAUUCACUACUUUAACAAAACCAAGGAAAGAGGAUUUUGCAGCCUUUCAGAAACGCUAUUUGACAUCUCGAUUUACAGAAUUUGAAGAUGCAUGUAGUAUUGGAAUCACUAGUACAGUCUCUUAUAUACAGAAGAACAUUGGACUUUUCUGUGCAUUCCUGCCAGCUGAUCAAGUGAAACUAUUUUACCCCGAAGUAAAUGAACUUCAUUUGAUAUACUUUCUGUCUCCUGAAGAGCUGGCAAAGCUAACAGUAAAGCUUACACUUAACAGCGUGUACAAUACCACCCUGAUACUGGCACUUAUAGAAAGUGCUCCAUAUAGCAAUCUCACUGCAUAUGCCAGGCAAUUUAACAUUGCUGCUCGUGAGGCAAAUCUCACAGUCUUGCCCAACCCUGAGGUCCGAGAUGCCAUGUUAGCAGUGUUUCUGGGCAGGCUAAAGCCCUAUUACAAAUACUUUCCACAAGAAUUAUGGGGUAAAUGGUUCAGCGGGUAUUUACCAUUGUUACUACCGGGAAUUAAUGAAACGGACAUUUCAUUACUACCUACAAAUGUUUCUUGUGUAUCCUAUCAAUCAGUCGUAAACGGAUUAAACCAAGCCUAUGAAUAUUUACCACUUCCAAUAAGAAUCAGUUUUUACAACAUCUACAUAAAGUCAUUCUGGAACAACAAAGCUCUCACUCACGAUGGGUGUAACUAUACUAAUCCUAUACAGUGGAUACAAGACAACCUGGGAAAUUUCACAAAUCAAGCCAACUUCCAGGAUGUUUUGGGCUUCAAUGAGAACCUUACCAAGGUUAGUACCUCCCUGACAGUUAAAGUGGGAAGAAGGACUGUUGUGUAAAGUAAAUCUCCUUCUUUUAUCAUCAUGUCCUUAUUGUUGUUUUUUUCUAUUUAACUUUUUAUUUAUUUAUUAAUCUU